AUGGCAUCGUCCCCAGGUCUGACUGUCUCGGAGGAGAAACCUCACCUGCAUGGCCAUGAUGCCGAGAAGACGACCCCCUCGGGUUCCGACACGGAUAUCGAGCUCAACAAUGGUCGCAACAAGAAGUACUCGACUCUACGACACAUCAAUGCCAGGAUCGAAGGGCUCGCUGGCUUUGAGGCGCGCGGCCUUACGCGUGUGCAGGAGGAUGAACGACAGCCUGCUUCCUUCAUGAGUAUGCUGCAAAUGCUACUCCUCUGGUUCUCGGCCAACAUGACGAUCAACAACCUCGCCGUCGCAAUCCUCGGACCUAUCACGUAUGGCUUGGGCUUCGCGGACUCAGCAUGGUGUGCGGUCAUCGGGGUCUUCCUUGGAGCAUUGACGACGAGCUACAUGUCUACCUGGGGUGCCGUGAGUGGGAAUCGAACGAUGGUCGUGACGCGGUACUUCAUGGGCUACUACCCUUCCAAGAUCACCACGCUGCUCAACAUCAUCCUCAUGGAGGGCUACUGUACCAUUGACUGUAUCAUCGGCGGCCAAGUCCUGUCAGCCGUCAGCGGAGGCACAAUGACCAUCGCCGUCGGCGUCAUCAUCGUCGCCAUCAUCCAAUGCAUCAUCGCUUCCUUCGGCCUCAAACUCUUCCACGUCUACGAACGCUUCGCCUGGCUCCCCCAACUCCUCGUCCUCCUAAUCCUCGUCGGCGUCUCCGCCAAAAAUUUCAACUCCACCCUCGCUUCCUCCGUCACCGGCUCGACCCUCUCCGCCAACCGCCUCUCCUUCCUCUCCCUCUGCUUCUACGUCCCUAACUCCUGGGGAGCCGCGAGCUCGGAUUACUACGUCUACUACCCGUCCAAUACGCCCAAAUGGAAGACUUUUGGCCUCACCCUCGCGGGUCUGAGUCUGAGUUUCUGGUUCGUGGAUUUGGUUGGUAUUGGGCUGGGGUGUGGUGUUGCGGCCCUACCGGCUUGGUCAGAUGCUUAUACUACUUCGUCUGGCGCGCUGAUCUCCGAGGGUUUCAGCCCUCUAGGCGGCUUCGGGAAAUUCUGCUCUGUCGUUAUCGCUUUCGGCGUCAUUGCCAAUGCGGUCCCGGGUGUCUAUUCCGCAGCCAUCGGAUGCCAGAUCAUGGGACGCUGGGGCCAGCUCCUCCCGCGUUGGGUGUGGGUCGUGGUGCUGUGCUGUAUUCAGCUCGUAUGCGGCGUUGCCGGAAGGAAUCAGCUGUUCAUUAUCUUCACCAACUUCCUGGCACUCAUGGGUUACUGGCUUAGCGUCAUGGUUUGCAUAGUGCUAGAAGAACACCUCAUCUUCCGUCCGAAGCUUGAUUGGACGGCCUGGGCCGAUCGUAGCGCGCUGCCUGUUGGUGUUGCGGCGUUGGUGACUUUCUUGCUUGGCUGGAUGGGCGCGAUCCUGGGCAUGUAUCAGAUCUGGUAUGUCGGUCCGCUGGCGGCGUUGGCGGGAGAUGCAGAUGUGGGUAUGUGGGUGGGAUGCGCAUUCACGCUUGUCAGCAUUCCGCCUUUGAGGUGGUUGGAGCUGAAGAAGUUCGGGAGGUAG